AUGGCGUAUCGGAGCUGCAGAGGCCCUUGGGGCUAUUGUGCCGCUUACACUCCUCUCUGUCUGAACUUGCGGGCCCACAGAGGGCCCAGCAAGAGAGCCACCGCAGCCGCUGCAGCCGCUGCUGCUGCAACUGCUGCUCCUCUCCAAGGAGCCAAAGGAUCAGCAGCAGCGUUUUCAAUUACAGUACGGGCAGGAUCAGCAGGAAGAGCAGCAACAGCGGCAGCAAAGGCAGCAGGCGCAGAAGGAGUAGGAGCCGGGGUAAGGGAGAGGGGGGCACCAUGUGUGUCUCUUUGGCGCCUGCCACCGCCCUUGGGAGGCCUAUGUGCAGCACCAGCAUCAGCAGCGUGUGGAGCAGCAGCAUCAGGAGCAGCCUCCAGACCAGCAGCAACAGCAGCAACAGCAGCAGCAACAGCAGCAGCAACAGCAGGAUCUUCUGGAUUAUUGGAUAGUGCAUGCAAUAUGCAACAAUCGCGGUCUUUUGGAGUAAAGAGAGUAGUUCAGAAGAGAAGACAUCAAAUGCGAAUAAUGCAGCCGCUGCAGAAACCCUUCAUUCCUCCUUCCCCUUCUGGUGAAUCUGCAGCUGAUUCGGGUGUAUCUGCAGGUUCUUCGGGUGUACGUGGUCCAUUACCUUUAUCCUUGGUGAAUUCUGGUCCUGUGCGUCGUUUGUUAUACAGUGGAUCUGCAGCAGCAGCAGCUGCUGCUGCUGCAGUGGAUUGGUCUCAGUAUUGUUCUCCUUGUCGGGGUGUACGUUGGCAUCCUUGUGGGGCCUGGAGGGUACAAUUUGAUAGGAGGGCCCCCCAACAUAAUUUCUUUGUUCGUGCUGAUCUUUAUUUUCGUGUGGGUACCCACGGCUUCCAUGGCGCUAAGCAAAAAGCUAUUCAAUAUAGAAAAAGAUUAGAAAUGGAGUGGCAAGAAUUAACAGACACAUGGGCACGCAUGGAGCAACAGAAGCAGCAACAGAAGCAGCAGCAGCAGCAGCAGCAAGCUGGAGAGCACCAGGAACAGGAACAAAAACUGCAGCAGAAAAGGGAAGAGCAACAGAAAGAGCAACAGCAACAGCAGCAACACCCCAUGGGUGACUUCCUGCUGUAA